AUGGGGACGCGCAGGCCCUAUACGCUAGUGGACACCACGCCGGCCAAGACCAUCUUGGUGUACCGCAACGGGGACCAGUUUUAUGUGGGCCGCAAGUUCGUGUUCUCGCGGCGCCGAGUAGCCAACUUCGAGGCUCUGCUGGAGCAGCUGACGGAGCAGGUGGAGGUGCCCUUCGGUGUGCGGAGGCUCUACACGCCCACACAAGGCCACCAGGUGCUCGGACUGGACACGCUGCAGGCCGGUGGCAAGUACGUGGCUGCAGGCCGGGAGCGCUUCAAGAAGCUGGACUAUAUUCAAAUCGUUCCCAGAAAACCUGCAAAGAUGAGGAAAUUGAAGGAAAUCAAGCCGGUGGUACACUGUGAUAUCAACGUGCCUUCCAGGUGGCAAACGCAGAAGAGGACAUCCCGACAUAUGGACCCAAAUAGCCAUCUAAAUGCAGCGUCCUUCCACUACGAGAAAAAGCUGAUCUUGUCGGCCGGAGGACUUGCGACUGUGAAAGCAAGCAGAGGAGGAGAGGUCAUUGGCACUGGGGAUAGCAGGCAGUUAUUUGGUCUGUUGGUCGAAUCCAAAGGAAAAGAAUCUCUUAAAACUGACAGUGAGCAACCCAAAAGCCAGGAUUCUGUUUAUUAUGCCAAAGAGAAAAAGAAGACAUCCGUGACACCUUUAAUUCAAAGUGGUGCAGGUGACGUAUAUAAAGCACAGACUCCUGCUAAAGAGAUCGAAGAAGCACUGGAAGUCAGGGAGGACCCAGAGGUGAAGGUGGAAAUGCCAGUUGAUCAGGUACCAGCUGAAAUGGUGAAAGAAAUUGAUGGGAUAGGUGAAAGCAACUCUGGCAUCCUGGUUGAGCGUUCCUUAUUCCAAAUUUCAAAAUCCAAAAUGCUUCUGAAAGUUUUUGGAGUACAACCUGAGGCCACGUCUGACCUCUCACAGCAUCUCUCACGAACCUCUGCAAGAAUAAAGAAGUGGUUCCGACUCCUGGUAAGAGAAUGCACUGUGCUUCAUUGA